CUGAAUAUGCUAACGGAAGCCAAGCCGGUGGCUGGGAAGGCAAGAUGUCGGCAUAGCUGAUUGACGUUGAUAUACGGCUGUGUCACAUCGAGCCAGCUCAAUCCACCGGCGUUCAACGAGAGAAGACCUGAGAAGACCUUAAGGCGGAUGCUCCCGUAAAGAAAUUGCGAUCGCUCCCGUAGCGCGCGACAGGGCGAGUCUGACAGCUGUCAUUGCGCGCCCUCGCCGGAUUCGCUGCGGCUGCACCGUGGAUGAUAUUUAUUUUUAAUCAUACACGACGAUGUUCCCGUAGAGUGCGACCGGCUUUGUGCGCGCGUGACGAACCGAUACGAAAAACACGAGAGAAUGGCGAACGACGAAGUGUUGGGGCCGCGUAAGACGAUGUUCGUUCUAGUGAUUGUUGUGGGGUGUUUCGCCGUCUUAUGGCCCAGGAUCCUGUCGCCGCUGAUCCUGGGGCACACCCAGGAGCAGCUGAAGCCCAACAAGUUCGACCGGGAGGCAGGUUGCUGUGAGGUUAUGUUCGAGACGGAGGUGGCUGUUUUGGAGCUUGUCAAUGAGGUUUGCAGUUCAGCUGUUGGUGUUGGUGGUAAGCUAUCCCCAUAUGCAGCGGGAGAAUGCCGGAAAGCUGUAAACGAGACAUGUGGUCUAGAUAUCGCUGCAUUUCUGAAACGCAGUGAUAAUGUGGGAAAGACAACAAAGAUGCUUCUAGAAACAAUGAAGAGUAGUAACAGUUCGUGCUUGAAGGAACAUUUUGGUGUUCAGUUAUAUCUGAAUGCACAUCAAGGGAUGAACUCAUGGACUAAACAAGACACGUUAAAACAAGAGCGGUCACCGAUCCGUGGGAUGGGUCCUCAUCCCGCACUACGAGAAAGAGGACGAGCAAUUCCUCCGGGAGUGCCGCCCGUUCAGCCGCGACCACCGACUCCUCUACCACCGCACGUCCGGGUACGAACUUCCCCCCUCUCUGUCUACUACGAUGUUGAGAUCAAGCCCCCGCCAAUACCAGGGAUGCGACCACCGCUAGGCUCCCCCGGCGGGCCAGUGCCGGCGCCCAAGUCUUCAAUGGGCUUCGUCAUGCCCAUAUACACCAUCUGCAUCAUCGUUUUCUUCGUGUAUACUCUCAGUAAGAUCUUGUUCAAGCGCACAGGGUCACCCUACGAGUGCGUCGCCCCUGACCCUCUAUUCAGAAGGAGGGUAUUCCGAGAUGACUCCCGUUCCUCGCCUGAUAAAUUAGUUGUGACGGCCAUCUCAGGGCUGGUGGCGGAGGUCCGGCAGCAGAUGGAGGCGGGCGACGCGCGGCAGGAGGCGCAGGAUAACACUCGUCCGUACACAAAUGGAACAAUAUUAUUGAACAGUGGCCCCGUGCAAAUUAUAGCUAGUGAAUUCCAGGAACCUAAAGAUAAGAUUCUAAACGAACAGAAAGAUGCAAAUAUUGAAAAAGAAUCAACUCCAGUGGAACUACCGCAAUCUAAAGAAACAACAGAACAAGUAGAGAAAGAUGAUUCUAGCAAAGUAAAGCCAGCAGAUUUAUCAUCACAACCUUUGGUAGACGAGGAAGGAGUAUCCCAGGAUAAGGAUAUCACUGAAGCUGAGGUUAUUGAAUCUCAAGUAUCGGAAAAUAAUGUUGGUACCGAAAAAGACACAGAUGAAGAAAAAAUAUCAAAACCCGAUCAAGAUCAAAUAUCCGAGGAACAAACAGAUAAAGAAAUAAACACUGAAACAUCAAUAAACAAGACAGAAGAAAUAAUCUUAAAACCAGAUGAUGUUGAAAUAAAUGGCGAACAAUUAAAUAAUAAAAAUGUGGAUUUAAUUGCAUUAUCAGAAGGUAAAGAAAUAAUUAAGGAUAUACCAUUAGCAGAGACAACAGAAAUGCUUAUUAAACAAGAAAAGGGAGAAAGUAAUGAAGAGAAACGAUCUCCUACAGAACUGCUGGAAGAAGCUCUGAUGGAAGAAUUAUUGAAAGACGAAGACGUAGAACAAGAGAGUCCAAGCGUUAAAGUGGUGGGCAUGGAGGUGACAACACACGCAGCGGACGGCGGCGCCUGUCCCGCCGCCCAGCCUCCCCUCCCCGCACAAACACCACACACACAGAAACCACAACACGAAGCAGCAGAUGUGAAGUCAAUAUACCUGGAGACGGAGAUCCCGCAGCAAGCGCGCGUGCUGGUCGCCGACUUCGCGGACAGGACCGACAGGCCCAAGCCCACAAAACACGCACCAUUGGUAGUGAGCGGUAAGAUGACUUUGUCAUUGAUACAGGACGCGCCGCGCGACACGCCGGAGAGAGAUCCUGAGUCGACAAUGGACGACUUCACCACCGCCAGCGCAAUGACUCAGCCCGCAGAAAAAGACGGAGACUUAUCUGAAGAAGAAAUUGAAGAGGAGAUAGAAGAAAUAGAGAUCGAAGAAGAAAUAAUAGAAGAAGAAGUCGAGGAAGAGGAGAUUGAAGAAGAUGAAGAAACGAAUGAACCAAAAAACGCACCAAAGACAAAUAAGUAGACAAAAUGAACUGAUUUUAGAUCUGGUAACAUUGUAGCGUUUGAAUUAAUACUGAAGUAGAUUUAAGUGUAGAUAAAUAAUGGAAAAAUUUGAUAUCCUCGAUUUUUAUUGAACAAGUUUGAUCCAUAGAUAAUUUUUUUAAAACAUUUAAAUCACGCUGCUAAGGUCUUUUCAUAUGAAAAUUUGUUUUUUUUUAGUUCCAUAACUAAUUUAUAUUUUUCAAAGUAUUAGAAACUACUCUUCUAUGAAGAAAUAUCUUCAAAAAACCAGUAAUUUAAGUUGUGUUUGAGUGCCAAAUUUUACUUGUAGCUUUUUGAGCAAUUAUGAGUCUAUUACUAUGAAAUGUAAUUUUUUUCUAAAGAUCUCUUCCACGUCUUUAACUUUAUCUUAAAAAAUGUUUUUAAAAUUAACUCCUCGGUAUAUCAAACUUUAAUGCUGUUUAAAGUCUGUUAUUUAGCCAAAUAUUUUUUAUUAUAAUUUAAUUGUAUACAAUUUGAAGUGUUGAGAUUUUAUCAGUUUAGACUUUUAUAUUAUUGAUAGAUAUAUGGUAACAUUUACAUUUUUGUAACAUCAAAAACAUUUCAGUGUUACCAACAUGAAACUUUUAGCCAAAAAAAUAACCAUAGACUUCUUUAUCUUUGAUGAAUAUUUUCUUGGUUCACUGAAAUGUUUUUAACUUAAAUAGAAAUUAAUAAAUGAAAUACAACGUUUAUUUUAAGAAUAAAUUGAAAAGUAAUAUGUUAGAAUUUGUUGCACUGUGUGAGAUUGCGGUAGUGAAGAUUAUGCAUUUAAGAUUUAAUGUUGAACUUUUAAAAUUGUUUAUGGUUAAGUUUAUUGUGAAAUUAUAGCUUUAUCAUAUUAAUGUUCCGCUCGCCUCCUAAUAACGUAAAAAUACCUUUUUUCGCGACGCUUGGACAUUCCUUUUUUAUUCGACGUAUAGACCAUAGACAAAUUGAUAAUGGUAACAUUUGUACAUUUAAAAAUAGCAUUUUUUGUUGUUGCUUUGAAUUGUUUUUGUUGAUUAAAAAUAAAAAUUUUAACAUUGAA